AUGAGUAGAAGAGGAUACGAACGCGGAUUCAGCAAAAAAGAUCAGAAUGCACAUCCAGAAUCAUCCAAACUCCCGAAACGUAGAAUACGAACGCAACUUCUACUACAAUCGUGCAUCGCUCUUCGGAAUUCUGUCCAAGAGCUUUCACAGAAACAAAUCGCAAGAAACAGAGGCAUCCUAGAGAAAGGAGUUGAUAGACGAAAUUCGAUCAACAAAGCAGAGCAAUCCAGAACGAACCAAGGUUGGACACCGCUUCACUCUGCUGCUAACUGGGGUAAUUAUGAAGUGAUUGGACGGUUGAUUUCUCACGGUGUUGAUGUGAAUGCUCGUUCUAAUGGAUCUGUAACGGCCCUCCACUUAGCCAUCAGCAGUCAGUGCGAAAACGCAGAAAACGUCUUCCACAGUGUUCGAUAUCUUCUCCAAGCUCCAGGUAUAGACAUAGGUAUACCAAGCGGUUCCGGCGAUACCCCAGCCGAACUCGCUCGACGAACAUCUGCCAUGCUUCACAUGCUUAUUACUGACCAUUUAAACCGGUGA